AGCUUGGUAACCUGCUGAAUGUAAUGACGAUUUUUUUCUUUCAAAGAAGUAUGUCUCAGGAAGGUGAUUAUGGGAAGUGGACAAUAUCCAGUAGUGAUGAAAGUGAGGAGGAAAAGCCAAACUUAGACAAGCCAUCUACUUCUUCCCUCCCUCAUGCUGGGCAGGGAGCAGCAAAUGAACCAAGAUACACCUGUUCUGAGGCUAGGAAAGCUGCCCAUAAAAGGAAAUUAUCACCUGUAAAGUUCAGCACAGAUUCACAAGCUUCACCUCCCAAAAAGCAGAAGAGUGGUUCCCAGGAAGACCUGGGUUGGUGUCUCUCUAGCAGUGAUGAUGAACUGCAACCAGGAACACAGGAGAAGCAGGCUAAGAACAUGGUGGUCAAAGAGGAGAGCGGCAUCUCUUCUCCCAAAGACAGUGCCGCCCAAAGAACUGGAAAUCAUGACUCUCCUGCCCACCAUGGACUAAAAGAGGAGGAAGAGGAGUAUGAGACCUCAGGGGAAGGCCAAGAUAUUUGGGACAUGCUGGAAAAAGGGAACCCCUUCCAAUUUUACCUCACUAGAGUCUCCGGAAUUAAGCCAAAGUAUAACUCCGGAGCCCUCCACAUCAAGGAUAUUCUGUCUCCUCUAUUUGGGACACUUGUGUCUUCAGCUCAGUUUAACUACUGCUUUGACGUGGACUGGCUCAUAAAACAGUAUCCACCAGAGUUCAGGAAGAAACCAAUCCUGCUUGUGCAUGGAGAUAAACGAGAAGCUAAGGCUCACUUACAUGCCCAGGCCAAGCCGUAUGAAAACAUUUCCCUUUGCCAGGCAAAGUUGGAUAUUGCAUUUGGAACACACCACACGAAAAUGAUGUUACUGCUGUACGAAGAAGGCCUCCGGCUUGUCAUCCACACCUCCAACCUUAUCCAUGCUGACUGGCACCAGAAGACUCAGGGAAUAUGGUUGAGCCCUUUAUACCCACGAAUUACCAAUGGAACCCACACAUCAGGAGAAUCAACAACACAUUUUAAAGCUGAUCUCAUCAGCUACUUGAUGGCUUAUAAUGCUCCUUCACUCAAGGAGUGGAUAGAUACCAUCCACAAGCAUGAUCUCUCUGAAACCAAUGUUUAUCUUAUUGGAUCAACCCCAGGGCGCUUUCAAGGAAGUCAGAAAGAUAAUUGGGGACAUUUUAGGCUUAGAAAGCUUCUGAAAGAGCAUGCCUGUCCUAAAGGAGAGUCUUGGCCAAUCGUAGGUCAGUUUUCAAGCAUUGGGUCUAUGGGAGCUGAUGACUCGAAAUGGUUGUGUUCUGAGUUUAAAGAAAGCUUGGUGACACUGGGGAAGGAAAGCUGGACCCCAGGGAGAAGUUCCGUUCCUCUUCAUCUGAUCUAUCCUUCUGUGGAAAAUGUGCGAACCAGCUUAGAAGGAUAUCCAGCUGGGGGUUCUCUUCCCUAUAGCAUCCAGACAGCUGAAAAACAGAACUGGCUCCAUUCCUAUUUUCACAAAUGGUCGGCUGACACAUCUGGCCGCAGCAAUGCUAUGCCACAUAUUAAAACAUAUAUGAGACCCUCUCCAGACUUCAGUCAGAUUGCUUGGUUCCUUGUCACAAGCGCAAAUCUGUCCAAGGCCGCAUGGGGAGCAUUAGAGAAGAACGGCACCCAGCUGAUGAUCCGUUCCUAUGAGCUUGGGGUCCUUUUCCUGCCAUCGGCAUUUGGCCUGGACAGCUUCAAAGUAAAACAGAAAUUCUUCUCAGGGAGCAAGGAGCCAGCGGCCGCCUUUCCUGUACCAUUCGACCUGCCUCCAGAACUGUAUGGAAGUAAAGAUCGGCCAUGGAUUUGGAACAUUCCUUAUACCAAAGCACCAGAUACACAUGGGAAUAUGUGGGUUCCCUCCUGAGAAUCUUAAAGCACUCUGAAAUUUAGGUUUAAGACCUCAAGCCCCAAAUAAUAGAUGUUCUAAUUUGUACCGGAUGUUCACCCUUAAAGUUUUAUCUACACCCCUAACAAAACUCUGCAUAGCUCACUCUUGUGAACAUGUA